CUCUCAUUCGAGUCCAGGUGCGCGUCACCGUCAGAGGUGAAAAACUUUCUGAACGAUGGAUUAUUACAUGAGAAGUGCCGGCAGUCAUUUAUAAUGAAGUAACUUUUUGAGUUAAACAUGUCGAAGCUCGGCUGCAGCGACGGAGGAAAGUGAAAGUAUCGACAGACGCUGGGACGCCUAAUCUGUCUCCCCACUAAUAGUGACCCAUCUGUCACACCUCUUCAGUUUCUUCAGCCGUCCUCCUUUCUUCUCUCCUCUCCUCUCCUUUCGUCAUGUCCGUAUCCAUGAGGAACCCGCCCCAGCGCCGGCGUUCUCUGGGUCCCGUCUCGCCCAAACGCAUCUACAGAAACCUGUCGGUCAGGCUGAGGGGUGGAGAGUCAUCUGUGUCGACGGAAACCAAUUUACCCAGGCACUUCGGCAGGUCUCCAGAUGCUUACAAGAGCCUGUGGGAGGCGGUGGAAAAUGAGGACACUCUGGCUGUACAGAGCCUGCUGUCCAGAGACCACACCAGCGCUGGAGGAGGAGGAGGAGGAGGAGGUGGAGGAGGUGGAGGAGGAGGAGGAGGAGGCAUGUGGGAGAGGGGAGAAAGGAAAGAGAAGGACUGGGAGAGAGACAAGGAGAAGGGGGUGAACAGAGUUAGCGAGCAGGGCCUCGUCCCUCUGGACGUGGCCGCUCUUACCCACAAUUCCCCUCUGCUUCACGUGCUGACGAAGGCAGGAGCCAGACACAACCCAGUCUUGUGCCGACCGGCCGAGUGGGAGCUCAAGCUGGAGGCUCUGGUGACGCUGGCGGGCAAACGGGUGGAGGAGAGGAGGAUGGAUUUGGCGAAGAAGGCCGGGGCCGGGCCUCAGGCUCAGGCCGAGGUCCAGAGACACAUCGGCCUCUGGCGACUCCGGCUGCAGCUGUACUGUCGCAUGAGGGAGAACUUUCAGCGCACAGAGCUGCCCGGUCCUCCCAGUCAUGUGUCCAUCCUGGUGACCAGCACCUCGUCUCUGUUUGUGAUGAUCAAGGAGCCAGAAGGAAACACCACGGGCCUCAUCACCCGCUACAGAGUGGAGUGGAGCACCUCAGCCAGCUUCAAACGCAUCCUCGGAUCAGUCCAAGUAACCGAGACCAAGAACCCCUCCCACGUUAUCAAGGGGCUGACGGCGGGCGUGCAUUACUUUGUAAGAGCGAGUGCCUACAAUGUGAAAGGAUGGGGACCACCCCAGAACUCCACUCCGGCCAGCGCUGCCCCCUCCAGUUGGAGGGAGUGCAUCGGUGUGAAGUCACGGAUCAGAAACCACGAGUGUCUAGUGAGGAAACUGCUGGAGGAUGCAAAAGACUCGCAUUAUAGAGGAUACUGCAUAGAGAGCCCUAAGCCCCUGAGUCCCAGCAAGAGGCUGUCGGUGUCUCGAGGCAUCAAACAACUGUUCCAGUCCGCCACCAAGUUUGUUCGUCUCCUACAGAGAGGCGUGUACUUGGCGACCGUGUUCUACCACAAGGAAAACAUCAUGGUGACGGCCGAGGAUCAGAUCCCACUGGUGGAGAUCCAGUGCUGCUCCACCUCCAUCACACACGACUUCCUUUGGUUUGCGAAGCUGUCCUGUGCGUGGCAGCAGGUACCGUGGCUCCAACAGGCCCUCUCCUCCGCUCACUCAUCGCCCUCCUCCCUCCUCCAGAACAGACACAACAUCUUAAGAGCCGUUUCCCAGCUGCAGACUUCUAUGGGAACGAUGGAUCUGGGCCAGGUUUACUACGAGCCGCUGAAGGACCGGCAGGGAAACGUCUUACUAGUCACUGUGAGGGAAUUCCCAAAGCCUCCCAGCCCCCCUGACCCUCCCCUCCACUGGAUGCCUCUGGACCGCUUGGAAAAGAACCGUAGCAGGACCCCCCUACUGCCCGAGCCCACCGCCAUGGACAUGCUCUAUGAGCAGCUCAAGGAGAAGAUGUCCUUCCACAGACACAGCAUCCAGUGGGCCCAGUCCGGUCUCUACGUGGGCAUCCUGAAGCUGUGCAGCUCCGUGGAGCAGAUCAGGGUCCUGGUUCCCCAGAGGCUGCCCAACCUACUCCACCACACGCGGGUCCGACACAACCCCCACGUCUCCAGUGAGGAGUGGGCGUGGCUCCAGAGUCACGUUUACACGGCAACCAGCGGCAGCGUUCAGAACCUGCUGAGCGGCGGCGGUGGCGGCGACGACGAGAGCUUGAUGGAGAACAGCAACCUGGUGGAUUUUGUUCGGUCUCUGAGAGCGGCCGUCACACAUCUCCUCACCAAGCUCAACAUCCCCCUCUACAGGGCGUAUCAGUACGGAGUGUACACCCGGGAGCUGCUGCAGUUUGGAGAAAAGGUGUCCAUGCUGCUGCUGCUGCCCCCCAGCGAAGACUUCAGCUCCAGCUACUGGCCCCUGGUGGGGACCAAGGAGCCCGGCCUCACCAUGCCCCUGCAGAUCUUUGAGCUGGUUCACUUCUGGACGUAUGAGCGGGACUUCCUGUCCCAGUACUGCCAGGCCUGGGUGAAGCUGGAGCUGGACACCCAUCUGGCCCAGCAGGCCCUACGAGAGGCCCUCGACACCAAGGAGGUGCAGGAAGCCCGAGAGAGGCUGAACCACAUCACCGAGCUUUCCCAACGUCUGGAUGUGGUGUGGAGAGACGCCCGCUGGAUCAUGGACUGUUUGCAGUGUGUUCGGUCCAAGCAGUGGGUCGGGGCGGUGCCUCUGGGUCUGGUCAUGGGAGGGGACCCACCACCAUGUCCUGAUGGGGAGGAAGAGGAGAGUCUGACUGCCCGACUGACGUGGCCCCAUCGGACACGAGCACAGAGAACCAUGACAGAGAGUCCAGUCAGCGCGCCUCCACCAAAUGUUGUCUCAGCUGAAGUCUCCGCUCCAGGAGGACUGGCGGUCGUCCCUGAAGAGACUGCGCUGGUGCUGAUGGAGGGCGUCGCUAAGGGAGGGUACCCCGUGGACUUGACCACCCAGCCCACUGCAGACCUGACGACCAUCGGCCAACCAGAUUUAGGCUGCACGAGCAAUUUGUUAGAGUCGGGGUUGGAGCCUGCCGCUGUUGCACAGCUGGAAGUGGGGUACGGGGUUUUGGACGCAAAGGAGGACUUCCCCUCCUGCAUCACAGAGGUGAUCCGGCCGAUGGAGAUGGCGGAGCUGGUGGACAUCUUGCCUACGCUGAGUCUCAUCGAGGAGGAGAUUCCCUCCGGAUCCUCCACGCCGUCGAUGAUGGAUAUGCUGGAGAGCUUUGGACUGGGGAUCGGUGAAAACAAGACUUUCUUUGACUUGGAGAAUUCAGACGAGACGGAUGGAGGUGGGAGCAGCAGCAGCAGCAGCAGUGUGACCGAGAUGCACCGUGGCAAAGUGGCGGCACAAGAACAGGAUGUGGCAACUUGUUGCUCCACGGCGAAGGCCACAGACGGUGAAGCUCCUGCGUUGAGCUCUCAGCGCAAUAAAGAGACUCAGCAGGCUUCCAGCAAAGGAGGAAGCUUUCCAAUAAGGAGCCAGGUGGAGUGGGACAAACCCUCCAGCAGUUUGUCCUGAUAUCGACUGAAACACCAGCUUACUUUUGAACUCUUGUUGAUUUUAGACUCCGGUGAAGGAGUGUCGCCUCAGUUAAGAUGAACUCAUCCGAGACGUCAUUACAGCCCAUCUUGUUAUAGACUCGGGAAAGGGAAUAUUGCACAUUUACUUUCUAAUAUUCAGUCCGUUAGGUGGGAAAAUUAAGCUACAGUCGAAGUUGAUAUGACUUGAAAAUCCAUUCCUCACUACAGCACAAAGCCUCACUGCUGCUCGUCGGAGCUAUAAACAAACUGAACUCACGCGGCCCAAUCGAACGGAAGCAUCUUGUACCGUGUAUUUGUAUGUUUAACUAAAUAAUUACGGUUUCUUUUACACUGAAAUGGAAGAAACCUAAUUCAGUCAAGGGAAGUUUGAAGAUAAAAUAUUUGUGCUGCCAGAAAACCAAACUCAGCAUGUCGUAUCUUUUUAUUCUAUGUUCACAAAUGAUUGUACACUUUUAUUAAACUGUUUUAUUCUA